GUGGCCCCAAACAGGAAGUGUGGCGGCUUCCCUACGAACUGCGGGCGGGCGCCAUGGCGGCCUACGAGCAGGUCCAAAAGGGGCCGCUGAAGCUGAAAGGCGUCGCAGAGCUCGGCGUGACCAAGCGGAAGAAGAAAAAGAAGGACAAGGACAAGGCGAAGCUCCUAGAAGCGAUGGGAACGAGCAAAAAGAACGAGGAGGAGAAGCGGCGCGGCCUGGACAAGCGGACCCCGGCCCAGGCGGCCUUUGAGAAGAUGCAGGAGAAACGGCAAAUGGAAAGGAUCCUGAAGAAAGCGUCCAAAACCCACAAGCAGAGAGUGGAGGACUUCAACAGACACCUGGAUACACUCACGGAGCACUACGACAUUCCCAAAGUCAGCUGGACAAAGUAGCUCCCAGCCUGGGGCGUGGAGUGGCAUGGGGGGCAGCAGGGCGCCAAGUCGGGGUUAUGUUUGGGGCCUUUGGUAUUUUUUAGAAACAUUCUUUUACACACACCCUUGUGUCCUCUGCUGAGACAGUGCUUUUCCAAGCAGUGUGCCCUAAAUCUGGACCUCAAUUAAAGUAAGACUGUCCUUUUACUCUGUUUUGGUUUCUCGGUAGGAGAUGGAUCUUUUUAGUUUGGACUGGAAAUUUUUGAGUUUAUCCAGAGAUAAGGGUGAUUUCUGUGUAAGUGCCGUGGAAAAGUGUCUUUGCCCCCGAGUUGCAUGUGACUCUCUUUGGCAGCUAGCCAGCUCUCUUUGCCUGGAUGAGACCGACUCCAGAGGAUGAGGAGUUAAUGCCAGCUCGGCCUGCAAUGUGCAGCCCCUCGGGGACCCCUGCGUGGGCUGCCCCUACAGGCUCCCUCUAGCUUGGGGCUUAUGCUGUUCCAUCCAGGGCUGGGGAGGCCACGUGCAGCUUCGUGGCCUUCAGACUGCCUCUUCAGCCACCUGGUGGGGAGACCUCGCAGCCAAGGAAGCACAACAACUGCCUAAGGAUGGAACACGCACCUCGUCCCUUUCUGAGCUGAGCUGGUGGCCAGCAUGCAGCCUCUUCUCCACUGUCCCCAUUUCAAACAUACCUGGUGGGUGUUGCCAUGGCAGACGUUACUCACCCAGCAUUCUUGGUAAUGGAACCCGGACACAGCCUGCCUUGCUGCCCUCAACCGUGGCCUCUAAGCAGCCCCCCGUGUUUAUUCGUAACAUGGAGCCUAUUGGGCAUUCCUGGCCUAAGGACACCUCAGGGGUGACAGGACCAGGGCAGAGCCCUGCAAGGACAGGGGUGCAGUCACAGGGGAGGACCCAAGUUCUGUGCUGGAGAGCCAGGAGCUUUGAGGGCCUAUGUGUACCCACCAGAUGAGGAUCAAGCUGCUUAUGCAACUGGGAGAACCGUAUGUGCCGACAUAGAUAGUGAAAGAAUAACGGAGUCAGAGGACAGCCAGCUGUUGGGUUUGGGACUGUCAUAUGUGAACUGCAGAAUAAAGCAAAACCAGUUAUGAAA